AGAGAGAAAGGACGCACAAAGUUUCCGAACACACACUACAUUUGAUGGUUUGCUGAUGUUUUGACUCUGUGCUGAAGUGGACUUUGUGUUUGGACGACUGAAGCACGAAGCGGAUCACAGUCAUCACCACACCGGGAGCAUCACCAUCCCACAUCAUCACCAAUUAUGUCGGAAUUCAGCUUACUGUUGAGUGAUCUGUCUGAGAACAUCACUAAUGAAGACCUGGAGCAGCUGAAAUCAGCCUGUAAGGAGGACAUCCCUGAAGAGCAGAGUAACUCCAUCACCUCCUCCAAAGACUGGUUCAGCUACCUGGAGAAGAAUGACAAACUGGCACCAGAUAACCUCUACUACAUAGAGCACAUCUUUGAGAUCUCGCGGCGGCCUGACCUCUUGACCCGGGUCAUCGAGUACCGCACAACCGUGCUAAAGAUCUCCGAAGACGAUGAGAUAGACACCAAACUCACACGCAUCCCCUCUGCGAAGAAAUACAAGGAUAUCAUUCGUCAGCCAUCAGAAGAUGAGAUCAUCAAACUCGCUCCUCCACCGAAAAAAGCAUGAGGUCAAAGUUCAUGACCUCUGCUUCUCAUCCCUGGCACUUCAUCUUGCCCACCAUCUUCACCAAACCAUGCCCACUGCCCCUCCAACUGAACCGAAGCCAUGCAGCCAGUCAGAUCACCAAGAUGCUCUUC